AUGAUGAUCCUCUUCGCCAGUACACUCCUUGCCUUCCUCUGUCUACGUGUUGGAGCGACUGGGGAAACGCAGAACGAUGCAACGUUUGAUGAAGCUUGCGCUCAGUUGGGGUCGACCGUCUUUUCCCCAGAGGUCAAGACGUUGUCAGCAGAAGUCCUCCCUGCCGGCACGACUUUGAUCGUUCCCGGCCUUGACUCAUCAUGCACCAACUCGACAACCAUCGCCGCCGAUCUUUGUCGCUUGAGCUUAAACGUCACAACGUCGCCUCGUUCUGAUGUGUUGAUGGAGGUUUGGCUGCCUCGAAAUUGGACGGGCAGGUUCCUCUCAACCGGUAACGGGGGAAUCAAUGGAUGUCUGAGCUACGAUGAUAUGGCAUAUGCGACAUCACUUGGAUUUGCUACCACUGGCUCAAACAAUGGCCACAGUGGCCAGAACGGUACCCGGUUCCUCAAUAACAUUGAGGUGAUCAAAGAUUAUUCAUACCGCGCAAUAACGACAUCCGCGGCUGUUGGGAAAGAAGUAACUGCGAGUUUUUAUCAAAAAGGUCAUACUCGAUCAUACUAUCUGGGUUGCAGCACUGGCGGCCGACAGGGUUUUAAGAUGGCUCAGGAUUUCCCUGAAAUAUUCGACGGAAUUGUGGCCGGCGCUCCUGCUUUCAAUUUUCAGGGUCUGAUGUCCUGGUCCGGUACUUUUCACUCCAUCAUCAAGAGGGGUGGCGCAGACGGAUUUCCUCCGGCCUCGACUUGGUCUGCCGUUGAUGCCGAGCUUUUAGCUCAGUGUGAUCAUCUGGAUGGUGCAGUUGAUGGAAUUCUCGAGGACCCGUCCUUGUGUAACUUUCGUCCCGAGGCCCUCAUCUGCCAAAACGGUCAGAAUACUUCGACAUGUCUCACAGGCAAGCAAGCAGACAUGAUCCGUCAGUUCUUGUCUCCAGUUUACGGAGUCAAUGGCAGCUUUGUCUACCCUCGCAUGGAGCCAGCCCCUGGAUUCCUCUCCUUUAUCAAUUCGAGUUACAGUGCAGCCCAGUUCUUGUACACCGACCACUGGUUCAAGUAUGCGUUAUACAAUGACCCCAACUUUAACACGACUUUUCUAGGGCCGGAUAACUGGAAUUACGCGUUCCAGAACGAUCCAACCGGUGCUCGAACGUGGUCAGGUGAUUUGACACAAAUGGCGGCUCACGGCACAAAGUUGAUUCACUAUCAUGGCCUGCAGGAUACAUUGAUAUCAUCUGCUAGCUCCAACACUUACUACGACUUGGCUUCCAGAACAAUGAGUCUCUCAAGUGAUGGAUUAGAUGAUUUCUACCGCUAUUUUCGCAUCAGCGGCAUGGGACAUUGUACCGGUGGCAUUGGCGCAAGUGCCAUUGGAAAUAGAGGAGCAAAUACCGCCAGCAUUGACCCUGCUCAGAAUGUAUUAACAGCCAUGGUUCGCUGGGUCGAAGAGGGACAAGCGCCAGAAGCUGUUAUCGGAAGCAGGUUUCGAAAUGGCACCAAGGCUCUUGGAGUAGAGUAUACAAGAUCACAUUGCAAGUUUCCCCUCAGGAAUAUGCUUAAACCUGGCGGAAAUUCGACUGUUAUGGGUGAUUGGGAGUGUGUUGUAUAA